ACGUUGGGAGAUAAGACCAUACUCAACAUAAGGAGCACUACAAUCUACCGCACGGCCCAUCCUACACGGGCUACAUCGUAAGCUCUUAAAGUAGUUUAGGGCAAUCUUGUCUUCAAUUUUCUCUCUCUUCUCCGACUUCUCUUUGAUCCUUUCUUUCACUUCUCUGACACCUAGUUUUCUGGUUUUUUCUGUUGAAAAAUGGCUGAACCAUCCAAAGUUAUCCAUGUUCGUAAUGUGGGUCAUGAAAUUUCUGAGAAUGAUUUACUCCAGCUGUUCCAGCCAUUUGGAGUUAUCACAAAACUUGUAAUGUUGCGAGCAAAGAAUCAGGCUCUUGUUCAAAUGCAAGAUGUUCCCUCUGCCGUCAAUGUUUUGCAGUACUACACAAACACACAGCCAACUAUAAGGGGAAGAAAUGUUUAUAUUCAAUUCUCGUCACAUCAAGAAUUAACAACAAUGGAUCAGAACACUCAUGGACGAGGAGAUGAGCCUAACCGAAUUCUGUUAGUUACAAUCCAUCAAGCGGUGUAUCCAAUAACUGUGGACGUUCUGCAUCAAGUUUUUUCUCCUCAUGGAUUUGUGGAGAAGAUUGUUACGUUUCAGAAGACAGCUGGUUUUCAAGCUCUUAUCCAGUAUCAAUCACGCCAUAGUGCGGUUACUGCACGAACUUCACUUCAGGGGCGGAAUAUAUAUGAUGGUUGCUGCCAACUAGAUAUUCAGUAUUCAAAUCUUGAAGAACUGCAAGUCAAUUAUAAUAAUGAGCGGACAAGGGAUUUCACCAAUCCUUCCUUGCCGGCAGAACCGAAAGGCAGAUCUUCUCAGCCUGGCUAUGCAGAUGGUGGUGGUAUGUACCCACUCCCAACAGGUGGAGCUCCGGUUGCAUUUCCACAGAUGGCGAAUCAUGCAGCUAUUGCAGCUGCUUUUGGUGGUGUUUUCCCUCCUGGAAUCACAGGAAUGAAUGACAGGUGCACAAUACUUGUAUCUAGCCUAAAUCCUGAUAGAAUUGACGAGGACAAACUUUUCAAUUUAUUCUCUCUAUAUGGGAACAUAGUGAGAAUUAAACUUCUUCGUAAUAAACCAGAUCAUGCCCUAGUACAGAUGGGUGAUGGCUUCCAAGCUGAAUUGGCUGUUCAUUUUCUGAAGGGGAUUACACUCUUUGGAAAGCGAUUAGAUGUCAACUUUUCCAGGUACCCUCAAAUCACGUCAGGCACCGACACCCACGAAUACCUCAACUCAAACCUUAACCGGUUCAACCGUAAUGCGGCCAAAAAUUACCGCUACUGCUGCUCUCCGACGAAAAUGAUUCACUUGUCCACCAUCCCCCAGGAUAUUACUGAGGAAGAGAUAGUGAGUCAUUUGGAGGAGCAUGGGACUAUUAUUAACACCAAAGUUUUUGAGACUAAUGGCAAGAAGCAAGCCCUUGUUUUGUUUGAGAACGAGGAGCAGGCUACUGAAGCUCUUGUGUGCAAAAAUGCAACCACCCUUGACGGCUGUGUCAUUCGCAUAUCCUUCUCUCAGUCACAAGCCAUAUGAUCAAUUGGUGAUCAUUCGUUUACUAUUAGAACCAUAAACCAUCCGUGCAACCUGACUACUGGUAUGGUGUCGAGUGUGUUGGAAUAUUCUCAUUUUUCUUUUCUAUUUUGUUAUUCACAUACACUUGUUGCUCCUUCUGGGUUAUGGCUCUUCACAAGUUGUGCUCAUAAGGUUGCAGCCUUGAGCAAUGUAUCAUUAUUUCUUUAUAUUCGCUCACCAUGUUUUUCUUGGCUGUAUAUUCGCGAGUCUGCUGCUCUUGUAGUUUUUUUUUUUUAACUCUUUUAUCUAUGUUGUAUGUUAAUGUAUUACUAUGUUCCUUAUAUUUGUAAUACUAGAUUGCUUUUAUGAAUAAUUUUACCCUUUCAUUGGUGCUU